AGCUUGGCUCAGCCCGAAGAAGCAGGGGCUCCAACCCCGAAGGCCGUGAAGGCUGAGGAUUUUGAGGGCGCGUCGCCGCCAUGAACCUGCAAUUGCCACAGGCCGUGCAAACCAGCAGAGUCAUCAAAGGCGGAAGCAUCCAAGAGAGAGGAGUUGCAAAGCCUGCAGGCCUUGCCCAGGGCUUUCCCCAGGUUUUUUCUCGCUCCAGCCUUGCGGCAUGCGGUUCUGUGGCCAUAGCUGCACGUGUGGGAGCACGGAAAGCCAGCCGUGGGGAGCGGCUGAGGCCUAAACGACGCGUUGUUCGAUCCGCGGGCUUGCUGGGCAACAUCAAGGACUUCUUUGCGAAGAAUCUCUCAGCGAGUGAUGGAGGUGCUGAUGGUUCCAAUGUCGUCCGCAUCCGGGUGAGCUCGAACAUGUCGAUCGGGCAGCCCUUCUGCGGAGAGUACCAGGAGCAAUCGCUGAAGUGCAACGACCGAGCCGUCUACAAGAAGCUGGGCCUGCCGGCGAACAGCCAGGCUGUCUACCUUCUCUACAACGAUGCCAGUCAGUGGGCCUUUACGCCGCAUGCGGACGGCCGUCCGGAUGGCUGGGCUUUCGUUGGAGAUGCGGCCAUGGAGCCAACGGCGAUUGCGCACACCUUCAGCAUUUGGGAUGGAUCCGACUGGGUGCCCGACACAACUCUGAAGUUGCUGGGCCCAGGCCAAUCGGCGCCAGUUGAAGAGCCAGCCGGAGUGGUCAAGCAGCCCUCUGGCUUGCAGGACAUUGAACAGGAGGAGGUGGUGGCCGCAGCUCCUGUGGUCGCAGCUCAAUCCACCUUGCCCGAGGAGGUCAAGGACUUGAGCAUGAUUCACUGGAAGUCCCACUGGAAAGCUUCUCAGCGAUGCCUCAUCGACUGGCCGGAAGGACCUGCAGGUUUGGAGCAGAAGCCACUUCCACUGCAUCCCGGAGUUCGUCGUGGCGUGCUGCCAAAUGGACUCAGAUACGUGAUCCUGCGGAAUGCCAUGCCUCCAGGGAGGUUUGAGGCGCACAUCGAGUUGCACGUGGGAAGCAUUGACGAGGAUCCAGAUGAGCAGGGCAUCGCACACAUGAUGGAGCACGUGUGCUUCUUGGGCAGUCGCAAGCGCGAGCGGCUCAUUGGUACGGGCUCGAGAUCCAAUGCGCUCACCGACUUCCAGCACACCAUCUACCAUGUCCAUGCGCCAGUGAAGUUGGAGGAUGGACGUAGCAUGUACCUGCCCUGCCUGGAGGCCCUCUACGAGAUCGCCUUUGCUCCAGAGAUGCUGCCCCAUCGUAUCGAGAAGGAACGUAAGGCUGUGUUGGCUGAGAUGCAGCAAGUGAACGACAUGGAAUACCGAAUUGAGACCUGGACCCUGAGCGGCUUGCAUGAGACAUGCAAGCUGGGUUCGCAGUUCCCCAUUGGAAAGGAAGAGCAGAUCAAAGCUUGGCAGCAGAAGGACUUGCGGAACUUCCAUGAGAAAUGGUACUACCCCGGCAAUGCCACGCUUUAUGUUGUGGGUGACAUAGACGAGACUGAGAUGGUCGAUGGCAUCAAGAAGGUCUUUGAGCUGGCAAAUGCCCGCCACAAGCCCUCUCCAGACUCUGCCAUCAUGGAGCCGAUCUGGGGAGAGGCCUCUGCAGAUGCGAGAUCCCUCUUCCGCCGAAAGAUUGCUCGGGAGCGGCCUGAGCAGCUCCACAACUUCAGCUUGCCCAUGAUCGGGACGGACGACAUCUUCACCGGCGCUGCAGCCUUCGAUCCUAAAAAUGGUGGCAAGCCGUGGCAUGGGCCUCUCCGCAUCUUCCGAAACGAACUGUUGGAAGGCCUCCAGCUAAACUUCUAUGCCAAGACCCCGGUGCGCCCGUUGCGGACCUACGAGGAUAUUCGGAAUCUGGUGGCAGUGCGCAUUUUGGUUGGCGUUCUGCAGUUCCGGAUUGUGUCCCGUUACAGCUCCAACCAUGCACCCGUCCAGAUCGACCACAGCGACUCCUUCCGCGAGGGCUGUGCAGUCACCUCCAUCACGGUGAACGCCGACCCUCGAGACUGGCGCAACGCCUUGGCCUGUGUCAUCCAGGAGAUCCGAGCCAUCUGUGACUACGGCAUCACGGAGAGCGAGAUGAAGCGCUACAUGGAUGCCAUGUUGAAGGAUGUCCAAAAGGGUGUCCAGGAGAAUGACACGGUGCCCUCAGAGGACCACCUGAACUUCAUCAUGACAAGCGACGUGUUCGACCAUGUCAUCAUGCAUCCUGAGCAAUCUUACGCAGCCUUUAAGGAGGUGGCACCCACGGUGACCAUGGAGCAGGUGCAUGCCACAGCGAAGUGGAUGCUGGGAUUCAUCGGCUACUAUGGCUUGGCCGCAGCUCCACCCAUCACCGCGAUUGUCGUGUGCACACCAACACAAGUCUAUGAGGAGCACAGUGGCAAAUGGGUGCCCUUCAGCAUCACGGAGCAGGAGGUCAUUGAGCUGCUGCUCUCGGUUCCUGACAAGACCAGGGAGGAGGCGCUCAACCAGGUGGACGUGCCCGAGAACCUCUUGUCAGGAGAGAAGCUUGAGAAGAUCUUGCCACCAAGCCCAGUGGAUGCCAUGACUGCUUGGCGAGCGGCCUCACGCAAGGUGGACGAUGUGACCGGCAUUGUGCAGAUCAUGCUGCCCAAUGGGGCACGUGUGAACUAUGCGUGCACCCCGAACGAGUCUCAAGGCUCGUUGCGGAUUCUGGUGCCUGGCGGUCGCUCCUCUGACGAAGACGAUGAGUUGGCCUCUGCAAUGGUCGGCAUCAGGACCAUUUCUGAGUCUGGAGCAGUCAGCGACUUUUCGCGCGAGCAGAUCGAACUCUUCGCCGUGUCCAACUUGAUGAGCGUCCAUUUGGAUCUCAAUCUCGAGUUCUCCUUCAUCGACGCCAACUUCACCAACACCACUGGAGGUCUCACUGCAGUUUUGGAACUUCUGCAUCUUCUUUUCCAGGAGCCUCGCUGGGAAGUUCCCGCAUUUGUCCGGGCACAGCAGGCGUACAAGGCCCAGGCCUAUGCAGUGCAGAAGUCUUUGGAGCAGAGCACCAUGGAUCGCCUCAUGCGAAUGAUGUACUCCGAUCCUCGCGUCUCAGAAGCCCUGGUGGAAGACUUGAAUAAGCUCACUCUGGCAAAGGUUCGGAGGGCCGUCAGCGGGCAGUUGAGACCGCAGGAUCUGGAGAUCAACUUGGUGGCUGACUUUGAGGGGCGAGGCCACAGCAAGAUGGCAGGUGUUGAGGGUGGACUCAGCACUGGCAAGCAUCGUGAGGAGGGCGAGCACGACGUGGAGGAGGUGGAACUCCCAGAGGCAGCCAAGCAGCGAAGGUUCUUGGAGCUGGACGAGGCGCUCUGGAAGUACUUGGGUAUGCUGCCCAAGAGCGAGACCAAGCAGGUGAACUUGGAGCGCGCCCCACAGAUCAAUCAGGGAGAGGAGCUCUCUCCAGAGGAUCGGCAACGUACUGCCCAUCUUGAGGACAGUGACGAACGUGCUUGCGCCAACAUUGGUGGCGGCGCACCCAACCGCUGGGGCAAGGGAGACAAGUACCACCAGGAGAUCAUGGCCAAGAAGCAGUUCUCCUGGGAUGCCCCCAACUCCAAGCUCAAGGAUCACCCGCUCUACCCUUCCACGUGCCUUUUGGCCAUGCGAGAGGUGAUCAACACACGACUGUUUUCCACGGUGAGAGACUCACUGGGCUUGUCUUAUGAUUGCAGCUUUGAGUUGUCCAUGUUCGACCGGCUCGAGGCUGGAUGGUACAGUUGCACUGUGAGUGCUCACCCGUCCCGGAUCAUGGAAGCUGUGAAUGCCGCCAAGGGCGUGUUGCAAGGUGUCAAGAAGCGUCCCAUCUCUGAGCUGGAGCUGUCGACGGCUCGGAGGACUUUGGUGCGUCGACAUGAGACUGACCUUCAAAGCAACGAGUACUGGAUUUCUCUUCUCAGUCAUUUGCAGCACACUAAUCCAAAGGAUAUCAGCUGCGUUAGAGACAUUGAGAUGAUGUUGAAUGCUUUGACGUGGAGGGAUGUGCAAAAUGCCUACUUGACUCUCCUCACUGACCCAGACCAGCUCUUCGUCUCGGUGAGCACCGCUGGACCCGGGUCCAGUUUUGUCUCCGGUGGUUCUGCACCAACUGCCGUCUCCACCAAGCGCGCACUGAGUGAGGUGAUGGUGGACUAGGAUGACUAGGAGCUUUAGGCUUUGCAGGCUUAGCAGCUUGUACAGGAGUGGGUCGUUGCCGGCGAUUGAUGUUCUUUGUUGGAUCCAAACCUUGACCCACUCAAGACCCAGUGUUGUUUUCAGCUGGCGGGAAAAUAAA